AUGACGGUUGCAGUAGAGAGCCAACCGCGCGGAGACAGGGUCUUGCCCAACGAGCCCUUUUUCAAAAGGCUGCUUACCCUAGCACAGCUGGGAGACGAUCAUAUCGCUAUCCACGACCCUUAUCGCGGCGUCAAGGCGAGCUUCCCUCGCUUCCUGAACGAUGUUUUGGCCACUCGGGAUGCCAUCAGGCAUGGAACAUCGCCUGGGCUGUUUGACCAGCGUGGGAUGGUGUAUGAGGAGAGACCGUAUAUUCUCCUCCUGGCGCCGUUCAGCUAUCGCUAUUUCGUCGGAUUUUUUGCCAUCCUUGCGCUUGGAGGGGCUGCAAUACCGCUGUCCCCAAGCGUGUCUGUCAACGAGGCCGAACGUUUUAUGGACAAGUCAAGGGCCUCCUGUCUUGUCUUUGUCCCAGACACAGAGCGCACAGCACUGGAGAUCCAACGUCAGCUUGCGGACCUACGGCCAGCAACUCUAGAUCUAGUUCCCAUACCAGUUGCUGAUGGUGAAACAGCCCGUCCUGCCAGGUUAUGUGACCUUGAUAUCACGAUUGACAAAGACCUCGUUAUCACUCCUAGCCGCCCAGGCUUAGUCCUGGGAACCUCCGGCACUACCGGCCCGCCAAAGGGGGUUGUUCUUACACGGAACUUUCUCAACGUCCCUAUGCCUGAGGGAGGGCCCGAUGAUACCUUCAUCACUUUGAUCACGGCCGCGAAUUGGAUCGGUGGUAUCUGGCCACCAACCCGACUACUGCUGAAGGGCACCAGGGUCGAAAUAUUCGACUCCCAGCCAAAUACUCCUGAGCCGACGUGGGAGCGCAUCCGGCAGGGAGGCGUUACCAUGCUUAUGGCCCAUGCCACCAUGUGGACAGAUAUGAUGAAGUAUUAUAUAGAGAAGUUGAGCCAUUUGCCUGCUGACGAGCGUGAAGAGUAUGUUCGUGGUGCUAGACAGGUUUGGUCUGCCAUGUCUGGUGCCGUGCCCAUCUUUCCCUCUGUCCUCCUGUUCUGGAGAGAGAUACUUGGUCGACCGCUGAUGAACCUUUACUCUGCCGCUGAGAUGGGAGGCGGUGGCCUGCGCACUUCCGCGGAUGCUGAGACGGAUAUCGAGCGGUCCGUCGGGGGUCCUUAUGCUCAGUUAGAGGUAAAGCUUUCAGAAGGUGACCAUGGAGAGAUUCUCGUUAGGGGGCCAUCGGUGUUUUCCCACUAUUUGGACGAUCCCAAAGCAACGGCUGCCGUGUUUGAUGAAGACGGUUUCUACAAGACUGGUGACAGUGACAUCAAGCAUCAUUCGUACAAAGUACCAAUUCCCGAGCUGGAAAUGCAGCUCCAUAAGUUACCCUACGCGGAUGAGGUAUACGCUGUGCCUGUUCCCGCGCCAACAGUAGGUGAACAUAUCGCAGUCCUGAUUCGUCUGGCACCGACGGCACAAGGUACCUCUCUGGCACUUCAGAAAUUGCGUGAUGAUUUGUUGUCCGUCUCUGCUCUGCCUGUGGGUUACCGACCGACUAUGCUGCGUAUCUUAGCCGAGGGCGAAGAUAUCCCUCGAUCCUACACUGGCAAACCACUUCGCAAGCAGAUUGCGAAGGAGUUCUUCCCAGGACCCGACGGAAGCAUGCCCGGGGAAGGUGAUUAUACGAUAGAGGUGUGGAAAUUCGAAGGUGUGCCCUUGGCUCAGGAUUUUGACCAGGGAAGUGAAAGGAGGAUUAUGGUAUGA